AUGAUGACCAAGCCAUUUGCGAAGACUGGAGACAUGACCGACCUGGUGAACUCUCUGGCCUGGCUGGAGGAGGAGGACGGGAGCUCCCAGGAUGGAGACGAGAGCCCGGAGAUGAGGGGGCGACACAGCCUGGCUGCAGGAGGCCGGAGCCGCUCCUGCACAGAGCUGGGUAGCGAGGACAUGGAGGAAGAGGAGGAGGAGGAGGAGGAGGAUGAAGAGGAGGUAGGACCAAACGGAGAAAAGGCCCCUAAAAGGAGGGGCCCCAAGAAAAAGAAGAUGACCAAAGCUAGACAGGAGAGGUUUCGCGCACGGCGGAUCAAGGCCAACGCCAGAGAACGUUCCCGGAUGCACGGACUGAACGACGCCUUGGAUAAUCUGCGCAGAGUGAUGCCCUGCUACUCCAAGACACAGAAGCUUUCAAAGAUCGAGACUUUACGGCUGGCGCGCAACUACAUCUGGGCUCUGUCGGAGGUGCUGGAGAGCGGCCAGUCCCCGGAGAGCCACGGGUUCGUGGAGAUGCUGUGCAAAGGUCUUUCUCAGCCCACCAGCAACCUUGUGGCCGGCUGCCUGCAGCUGGGACCCAGUCCGGUGAUUCUUAAUAAACUGGAAGACAAGUGCGGCGGGCCGGGGGCCGGCGGCGUUGUGGCUGGCCAUCCCCUUAGCUACCCAUCCCCGGGUCUUCCCAGUCCUCCGUACGGGUCGCUGGAGGCCUCCCACCUCCUCCACAUGAAGGGAUUCAAGGGGCCUGCGUACGAUAACCCCUCCCCUAACGAGUGCAGCAGUGGCACCCCGCCGUACGACGGGCCGCUCACUCCCCCGCUGAGCAUCAGCGGAAACUUUGCCCUGAAGCAGGAACCUUCUCCCCAUGAAACAGAGAGAAACUUCACGCCCCAUCCCAGCCACCAUGCCCACUACCUCUCGUCCCACCACUACCCCACCUCCACGGCCGGCGGCCUCCCGGGGGGCCCUCAGGCCCACCCGCUCUUCCAGACUUCCCGGUACGAGCUGCCUCUAGAUGUGGCCUUUGACUCCUUCGCUCCGUCUCACCUGGUCACGUCUCACGUGAGCACCAUGUGACCGCGAGGGAGCGGCGAGCGGCUGCUGUCAAACCUCUCCUGUAUAAACUGAUGUACAAACGACGACCGUGGUUCUGCCUGUACAGAGCGAACGGUUUGCAUUUCUGUUUUCCGGUACUCUGGGAGGGCUCUGAAUGCUCAAAGAGAGAGACUCGUCACUUCAACUCAAUCUACCUGACACAAACA